GGAGCUGGGUUUGGGGCGAACAGGAGGGGAGGCUUCGAGCUCCGAGAGACCUGGAACAUAACCCCAGGGUGAGGGGUGGACAGACUGCUGAGGAUGAGCCUGCCUGUGUGCCCGUGUGCUGGGGUGGCAGGGUGCUGGGAACUUGGCAGACACAGUAGCCUGCUCCCUUCAGUUGCUACUGGACACUCGCCUCGGAGACGCACCACCAGCCAGUGUAAAUCAGAACCCCCUCUCCUGCGAACCAGCAAGAGGACUAUCUACACUGCUGGCCGCCCACCCUGGUACAAUGAGCAUGGCACACAGUCCAAGGAGGCAUUUGUUAUCGGGCUGGGUGGAGGAAGCGCCUCGGGAAAGACCACAGUUGCCAGAAUGAUUAUUGAAGCACUGGAUGUGCCCUGGGUUGUUCUCUUGUCCAUGGAUGCUUUUUAUAAGGUGCUGACUCAGGAGCAGCAGGCACAAGCAGCCAGGAAUGAAUUUGACUUUGACCACCCCGAUGCUUUUGACUUUGAGCUGAUCAUUAGUACCCUUUGGAAACUCAAACAAGGGAAGAGCGUGAAGAUCCCCACCUAUGACUUCACUACCCACAGCCGCCAUAAAGAGUGGAAAACCUUGUAUGGAGCCAACGUAAUCAUAUUUGAAGGCAUCAUGGCAUUUGCACAUACAGAGCUUCUGAAGUUGCUGGACAUGAAGAUCUUUGUAGACACUGACUCUGACAUCCGAUUGGUGCGUCGGUUGCGCAGAGACAUCUCAGAGAGGGGACGAGAGAUUGAGGGGGUGCUUAAGCAGUACCAUGCGUUCGUCAAGCCUGCCUUCGACCAGUUCAUACAGCCGACCAUGCGUCUGGCAGAUAUUGUGGUUCCCAGAGGGAGUGGAAAUACAGUGGCGAUUGACCUGAUAGUGCAACAUGUGCACAGCCAGCUGGAGGAGAGGAAACUCCGUUGGGACAUGGCUGCUCUGGCAUCUGCCCAUCAGUCCCAGCCCUUGCCCCGGACUCUGAGUGUCCUGAAAGAGACCCCCCAAGUCCGUGUCAUGCACACAAUAAUCAGGGACAGAGAAACGAGCCGAGACGAGUUCAUCUUUUACUCCCGACGGCUCAUGCGACUUCUGAUUGAAUACGCCUCAUCUUUUCUACCAUUUAGGAGUUGUACAGUACAGACUCCUCAAGGGCAUGACUACCAGGGUCGCAUGUAUGAUGGCAAGCGGAUUACUGGUGUGUCCAUACUGCGAGCCGGAGAGACCAUGGAGCCAGCACUGAGAGCUGUGUGCAAAGAUGUUCGAAUUGGAACCAUCCUCAUCCAGACCAACCCCAGCACUGGGGAGCCAGAGCUGCACUAUUUGAGGCUGCCAAAGGAUAUCAGCGAAGACCAUGUCAUUCUGAUGGACUGCACCGUGUCUACAGGAGCAGCUGCUAUGAUGGCCAUUCGAGUGCUUCUGGACCAUGAGGUUCCAGAAGAGAAGAUCUUUCUGCUGUCUUUGCUCAUGGCUGAGCUUGGGGUGCACUCUGUGGCCUAUGCCUUCCCCCGCGUACAAAUCCUCACUACUGCUGUGGAUAAGAAAGUCAACAACAUGUUCCGCAUCAUCCCUGGAAUAGGUAAUUUUGGGGAUCGUUACUUUGGAACAGAUGCCCCUGCAGACUGGAGUGAUGACGAGGAUCCAGUAUGAAGCAUUUCCUUUAUUUUGCAAUCAUAAUGACCAUUU